CAUCUCGGUGGGGCCACGCUGACCAUGCUCAGGAGCUUCUGUCUCCAGCUCAUGUCCUUGGUUUGGAUCCUCUUGGCCCAUCACCAGCUUGCACAAGGUGAUGACUGCAGUGAGCGCUGUAAUCUCGCCCACGGCUGCUGUGACCAGGAUGGCAAGUGCAGGUGCGACCCAGGCUGGGAGGGCGAGUUCUGCGAGGAGUGCGUGCGCAUGCCGGGCUGCCUGCACGGCACGUGCCACCAGCCCUGGCAGUGCAUCUGCCACAGCGGCUGGGCCGGCAAGUUCUGCGACAAAGACAUACACAUCUGCGAACACCAGUCCCCGUGCCAGAACGGGGCCCAGUGCAUUUACGACCGAGAUGGGGAGUAUUCCUGCCUGUGUCCAGAAGGCUUCCACGGGAAGGACUGCGAACUGAAGACAGGGCCAUGUGAGAAGGCAGGGUCUCCGUGCAAGAACGGGGGGCAGUGUCAAGACGAGAAYGGCUUUGCCAGCAACUUCACGUGCCGGUGCCUCGCCGGCUUCGUGGGCGCCCUCUGCGAGACCGACGUGGAUGACUGCCUCAUGCGUCCCUGUGCCAACGGUGCCACCUGCCACGACGGCAUCAACCGCUUCUCUUGCCAGUGCCAGGUGGGCUUCGAGGGACGUUUCUGCACCAUCAACAUCAACGAYUGUGCCAGCCAGCCCUGCAAGAAUGGGGCAAAGUGCUACGACCGCAUCAACGACUACGACUGCUUGUGCCCUGACCGUUUUAUGGGCAAAACCUGCGAGAUUCCCAUCCCCGAGCCCACCUGGGCUGCCCCCUACCACGGAGCGAACCCCGAGAGCGUCGUUGUUGUGGUGAAGAGCACCACCAGCGAGAUGCCGGGGGUGACUCAGCUGGAGCCCGUCAGGACUGUGGUCACGGGGCGUCGCGUGGCCAACCACAGCGAGAAGGUGCCCGGGGAAGGGYUGUUGAAAAUCUCCGUGAAAGAGGUGGUGACGCAGCGGGACUCGGGGCUGAGCGAGGCCCAGCUGGUGACGGUGCUGGUGUUCGGGAUCCUCACCGCCGUGCUGGUCCUUGUCACCGUGCUCUUAAUCCUGAGGAACUGGCACAGGGGGCGUCAGAGGUCGAACUGGUGCCAAAGCCCCUCGCAGGCUGCGAGGAAGCUCCAGGACCAGGAGUGCCAGGUGGGCAUGCUAAACACAGUGCUGAUCGAGCCCAGAAAGACGACGGAGCUGUGAGGACUCUCAGAGCCAGGCCCCGGCCRGCCGCCGCGCCGGCACCCCCUCGAACUGCCGCCUGGGGA